CUCCGCGGUCACGAUGCGCAGCACGUUUUUAAAAGCCGGCCCUAUCCCAGAAUUUGUUUUGAUAAACAAAAGCAAAAAUUAACUAGAAUUAAAAUGUUUAUGAACACGGGUCUCUUCGAGCCGGGUAAAACAAAAACCGAACGUAAAUUCAUCCAACAGGCGGUGAAGCAGAGCCAACGCCUCGAUGGCCGCAAGUCCGGCGAAAGCCGCAAUGUCGAAAUAACCUUCGGUGGCGAAUACGGCUCGGUGAUCGUGGCGCUGGGCGAAACCAAGGUGAUGGCCCAGGUAACCUGCGACAUGGGCACACCCACCACGUCCAGACCGAAUGAGGGCAAGCUCCAGCUGUUUGUCACCCUUGCGGGCGUCUCCUACCUUGACUCAGUGCAAAAGACGCACGAUAAGCGUUCGCUCACGCUAAAUUCCCUACUGGAGCGGACAUUCCGCACCUCUCGCUGCGUGGACCUGGAGUCUCUGUGUGUGGCCUCCGAGCUGCAUGUCUGGUGCAUUCGUGUAGACGUGAAUGUUCUCAAUCACGAUGGCAAUCUGUAUGAUGCCAGCACGAUUGCCGUUUUGGCUGCCCUUAUGCACUUUCGUCGUCCCGACGUGACCUUUACUGAUGGCGAGCUGCGCACGUACACGGAGAAAGAGCGCGAUAUGAUACCCCUGCUAUUCCUGCAUUAUCCUGUGAGCGUCACCUACUGCAUCUACACGAGCAACUUUCAGCCCUUCGUGGACCCCACGCUGCUGGAGGAGAAUUGCGCCGAUUCGACUAUUAUUUUGAGCUUUAACUCGUACCAGGAGCUGUGUACCCUCAAUGCUGGCGGCACUGUACCCACGGAUGUUCGCACCAUAAUGCAGUGUGCUCGCAGUGCUGCGAAUCGCUGCAAGGCCAUGGUAACAUUCGUCCGCAAGGCCUUGGAUGUGGACGAGCAGCAGCGUUUGCAGGGGAGCACAAAGAAAUACUCUGGCAUGCUGGGUCUAAUGGCCAAAUCGUCACAAAAGCUGAGCUUUAAGACGCUAAUGAAGGGGGAACAGAAGCAGCAGCAGCAGCAUAAAUCAGAGGACAUGGAUAUAGAGGUGGAGGCCAAGCCGAGCGCAAAGCUCGAGGAAUGUGUAGCAGAGAACGCUGAGAACGAUCAGCCAGCCCAGGAAGAGGGUAAGUCCUGCCUCAAGGAUGCCUCAGACCUACGCAUGGAUGCCAGCGGCUGGCUGCCGCAGGAGGUUGAGCCUGAACCCAUCAUAGAUCUGACAAAGCAGGGGCCAGGCAAACCCAAGCGCAAGCGCAACAAGGGCAACAAAAAGAAGCAGCCACAGAGCUCCUAAAACAAACAAAAAACAAAAAAGGGAAAGGUUUAUCAAGCUGGGGAUACGAAGGGAAAGGAAAGCGAAGCAAGUCCAUCUAUUUGUAAUGAAAUUUAUGUAUAAUAAAUCUAUGAAUUAAUAGGUAA